AUGUCGACGAGCCCAGAGCUGCUUUUCCACACCACUCUGACCGUUAUCGACUAUCAUGAGGACUCUGUUGGAGCCAAGCGCUCCGUCUACAUCCUUGGUACACACGCCACUGUCGAAGCUGCCAAAGCCUUUGCUGCCAGGGCACUACACGAACUUAGGUAUGAGCCAGGCGACUUCGAAGAGUAUGCCACGCGUUCAAGCUCGGAGGAGUGGAAGCAUGGCGAUGGCGUCCUUGUCUACGCCAAAGCGCCUGCUGGCCAGGUCUUCCUGAUUGGGGUCGACACAACACCGAACAACGAGUCCCUGCCAGCGAAUCCAGAUGGCUCUGUAAUGCUUCCAAGGGGAGUCGAAUCAUUACACUAUGUGGUGCAGACGACAAUCGACUACAAUAAGGAUCGCACGGGCUGUGUGCAGGAGACGGAGAUCGAGGGCUCAUACAUCCAUCGAGCCGAUGCCUUCUCCGCGGCCCAGAAGUGUCUAGACCCUGCCGACUUUGCCGAGUAUGACACUAUCGGGGAUAUGGUAGGCGAAUGGCCAUUUGGCGAGGAUGUAGUCGUCCAUGCGGUUACCGAGACGGGUCAGAAUACCACCGUGACAGUUACGACGGUGCCGGGAGCCCAUAAGAGACACGAUAAGAAGAAAUGA